AUGUUUCCUAAAACGCUAUGCUCCCUUUGGGCUUUAAGCUCUUGCCAUUUGAUCAUUGGGGCCCAAGGUCAUAAGACAGAUAACGACCUCUGGCUCCCUCCAGCAUCUACAGAGCCGUCAAUAAAGAACCCUUACGUGACAUCGGGCCCCACGUAUAAUGUGUCUUCACAUCAAGCCAUCCGCAUACAAUCAACUACUGGUGUCAAUUCGCAUUGGGUCGGACAGUGGAUCACAACCACCGAGAACCUCCAUUUCGUUUUGAUCUCGUUCUCGGAUGUAAUUCCCGGUGGUCCUGGUAACUCGACAGAUGGGGGCUCUGCCAAUGGCUGUUUGGUUUACUCCUUAGACUCUGGUAGUUUCAGCUCAUCAUUCGUAUCCGGAACACCAACCGCUGUUGGACAAGACCGACUCAAGAUACAAUUUGGCGAACAGUACGAACUACACAGCUUGACUGAUGACAACAUCUCCGAAAUUAGCGUCAUUGCAAACUUCAACGGUAGCAACUUUAGCCUCAACACCACGUUUCAGCCUCGCGGCUCCCUUUUGUUCAAUGGGGGCAGUGGAAGCUUCUACUGGGGCUCAGUGUUCAACCACGGAUGGGCUAGCCCUGCUUCUUAUACCACAGGAACAUUUACCAUUAACGGAACAACGCACAUCGUUGAUCCCAAGCGCUCAACGACGUGGUACGAUCGCCAGUGGGGUGAGGAAAAUCCGAUGCAAGGCUGGCACUGGCUUCCAAUUCAACUCGAAAACGGGAUCCGCAUCUCAACAUGGGUCCUCCCUACAGAACAAGGCGCCCUCAAAGCCUUCGCGACAGCCUUGUAUCCAAAUGGAGAACAGGAGGUGGUUAGCGUGAACCCUGAUAUUAAGCCAAGUGACGUGUGGGUAUCGCCGAAUACGAACCGCACCUGGUACGGGUCCUUUGAAGUCUCGUUCUUAGAUGAGUACAACAGUGUGAUUAUGGCUAUAUCCCCAGAUGUUACUAGCCGGAAAUUUGGAGAGGCCAGCUUUGGAUCAGCGUUUGCGUUUUGUGACUCUUUCACGCUCUACAAUGGAACUUGGAAGGGCGAAAGUGUCCGCGGCUGGGGAAUUGUCGAGCAGUGGCCUGCGGCUUGA